CGAUUUUAUCCAGCAUUAAUUGUUUUGUUUUAUUUUCUGUCUGAAAGAAGAAGAAAAAUAAACCAUUUGUUCUUCUUUGGCUGGGCGGCAAUGGCGGAGGAGCAAAAGACGACUAAGGUUGACGUAGAAUCACCGGCGGUUUUAGCUCCGUCGAAUGAACCAGCUCCUGCUCCGGUGGAAGCUUCUACAGAGGUUGCGGAGGAGAAAGUUCAUGAUCCACCACCUCCCGUCGAGUCCAAAGCUCUUGCCGUUGUAGAAAAACCUAUUGAGGAGCCUACACCAAAGAAAAGUUCAUCUGGUUCAGUCGAUAGAGAUGUGAAACUUGCAGACUUAGAAAAAGAGAAGAAAACAUCAUUCAUCAAAGCAUGGGAAGAGAGUGAGAAGUCAAAGGCAGAGAACAAGGCACAAAAGAAGGUAUCUGAUGUGCUUGCUUGGGAGAACAGCCAGAAAGCAGCCGUUGAAGCCCAGCUCAGGAAGAUUGAAGAAAAAUUAGAGAAGAAAAAGGCAGAGUACGGUGAGAAAAUGAAGAACAAAGUGGCUGCGAUUCACAAGGAAGCAGAAGAGAAGAGAGCAAUGGUUGAAGCUAAAAGAGGAGAGGAGCUUCUUAAAGCUGAAGAAAUGGCUGCCAAGUACAGAGCCACUGGUAUAGUACCCAAGGCAACUUGUGGAUGUUUCUAAGCUGUUCUCAGCUCAUUGUAUUUAUCCAUCUCUCUUUUUGUGUGAUUCGGUUACUUUUUCUUUGUUUGUUGUCAUGUUUAUAUAUUGGUGACUUUGUGUUUAAAAGAAGAUCAGUUUCACUUGGAUUGGCUCA